CGGCGUUGACACGAUUGACAUUUUAAAAAAGUGCGUUUUGUGAAUGUCUGUGUCAAUCGAGAUCAGAAUUAUGACUUUUCAGUAGAAAAAUACUAUUUUUGAAGCUAAACCGAACCACAAAUGCUUAAUAGUUGAAUGCUGUUCAUGAGUGAGUGAGUCGAGCUUGGAUUCCUGUAAAAAUGUCACACAGGGACUCCGGACCGAUCCCAAAUAGGUGGUUGAAAUGUCCACGGAAAGCCACGGGGCUAGUUGCGGGCAAAUUCUUGGCUUUCAAGACUCCCCUAGGUCACCAGUUCAAUGACAAGGUGCCCGAAGAGAACCGCUUUACACCAUCAAUGUUGUUUUUAUAUAUGAAAAGCCAAAAGAUGAAGCUUGGGAUGUGGAUCGACUUGACAAACACUAACCGUUUCUACGACAAAAAGGAAAUCGAGGAUAUGGACUGUAAAUAUGUGAAAUUGCAAUGUCGUGGUCAUGGGGAGACCCCGUCGGCGGAACAAACUAAACUAUUUAUCCAGCUUGUAAGCAAAUUUGUAAGUCAGAAUCCGUUGGAAGUGAUUGGAGUACAUUGCACACACGGAUUCAAUCGUACGGGAUUCUUACUUGCAUCAUAUAUGGUUGAACAGCUGGAUUGUAGUGUUGAGGCAGCGUUAAAUGAGUUUGCAAAACUUAGGCCUCCAGGAAUCUAUAAACAAGAUUACUUAGAAGAGCUGUACCGUCGCUAUGACGAUGUGGAGUAUACCCCAGCGGCCCCUAAAAGACCAGACUGGUGCAAUGAAGAGGAAGAGAUUGAUUAUGAUGAUGAUGACACACCAAGCAACUCACAAAGUAAUUCAUCACCACAGAAAUCAAACCACAAACCCAGAAAAGGUAGGAAAGAGACAACGUCAAAGAAGGCGUCGUUCAUGCCGGGUGUUAGAGGAGUGGAACCGUUCAACACUCAGCCCCGUCUCAGCGAGGUACAAAGGAAAACUCAGGACUUUUGUGAGUGGGCCACCACGGGCUUCCCGGGGUCGCAGCCGGUGUCCAUGGAUGUUACGAACUUGAGGAAGCUGCAUCAGAAACCUUAUAGGGUUUCGUGGAAGGCUGAUGGGGUUAGGUAUAUGAUGCUAAUAGAUGGAGAAGGAGAGGUGUAUAUGUUAGACAGGGAUAACUGCGUGUUCCGUGUAUACGGGCUGCGGUUCCUGUACAAGAAGGAUUUGAGGAGACAUUUGAGCAAUACUCUAUUGGAUGGUGAGAUGGUGAUAGACAAAGUGAACGGGCAAGAGAUCCCGCGGUACCUGUGCUACGACAUCAUCAAGUUCGAGGGCCAGGACGUCGGCAAGAUGGCCUUCUACCCUGUAAGACUGAACUGCAUCGAGAACGAGAUCGUGAAUCCAAGACAUCAAGCAAUGAAAGAAGGCAUAAUAAAGAAGGAGCGUGAACCAUUCAGUGUUCGGUUAAAACAGUUCUGGGAGCUACCGAUGGCCCAUCAGCUGUUAGGAGAGAAGUUUGCGAAGACAUUGUCACAUGAACCUGACGGACUGAUCUUCCAGCCUUCGAAAGAGCCCUACGUAGCUGGGCGGUGCGAUGACGUGUUGAAAUGGAAACCGAGCCACAUGAACAGUGUGGACUUUAAGUUGAAAAUCAUCACAGAAGGUGGAACGGGCAUCCUACCUACAAAAGUGGGCCACCUAUACGUGGGCCAGCUAGACAUCCCGUUUGCAUCGAUGAAGGUGACGAAAGACAUCAAACAUCUGGACAAUAAGAUCAUAGAGUGCAAGUUCGAGAACAACCAGUGGGUGUACAUGAGGGAACGCACUGACAAGUCAUAUCCUAACAGCUACACCACAGCCACAGCCGUAUGCGAAAGUAUAAAGGACCCUGUGACCAAGGAGCGGCUGCUAGAGUUCAUAGACAACCACCGGUUCCACGACGACUCGGACAUGAUGCCGCCGCCGAAGCGCGUGCGCCGAUAGUAUUACUCUAUAGUCAGGGGAAUGUCAGCACGCCUAUACCGUCACUUGACAGCUGACAUGUGAACAACUGGCAUCUGUCAAAAUCAAAUUCUUAGCCAAUAUCUUCUAAUAUACAAUUGUCAUAAAAGAUACGGAUGACGUAUUUCUCUAUUUAAGAAUGUUAAAUCAAUGAAUUUGAUAUUGUUUUUUGACAGAUCUCAGACAAAAGUUGAGAAUGUUACAAAAUAGGCUUACAGAGCUGAGUGACUGGUACUAUUUUGUUUUUUGACGAUUUUGCGUCUGUCAGUUAAAAUUGGUCCUAAAUAACUAAAAAGUGGAUGGGUGUGUUACCGUCUAACUUAGUUUGUGAUGUCAACACUUUGUCGAAAGUAUGUGUAGCAGAUUGCAGGCAUAAGUUUAUUAUAUCAAGUGCAUGCAUGCCUGCUUCUGACCCACUACAUUUCAGACUAAUCGAAAUGUGAAUUUUUACCUUAACCAUAUACCUUGUAUAACAAAUACACGACCAAUCUCUGUCUGUAAAACGCGCAGCGACGGCGUGUAACGGCACUGUACAGUCAUGAGCAAUAUCAGGUACCCACUUUAGAACCCUGUCGCACUAUCAUAUUUGACAUUUAAUGAGACUUACGGUUUAAUUUGUCAAAAAAGUUAAUGUGACAUGGUUUCAAAGUGUUUACAUAUUAGUACUCGUGACCGUACAACCGAUAUUGCACUUUACUUGAACAGCCAUAACAUCUUAAUUUGAGGUAAUGAACUUAUACUACAUGGUUCGGAUGCUUUUUUAGAAAAACUCCUUGUUUACAGGUGAGAUUUGAAUUAAUUGAAAUGCGAAGUUUUAAAAACAUUAACAGCGGACCAUGCUUACGGAUAUUCUAAUACACACAUAGUUCCUCGCUAGAAAAAUCUUUAUAAAAGUUCAGUCACAUAGUUCUGGUGAGAGGUUAAAUGCAGAAUUUAUACUAGAAGGGUGACGCUACUUUCUAGUAAAAUUUUCGCGUUCAUAUUUUAGUUGGUACAGAAUUUUAUAUCAUUGAAUGGCAUCGCAUCGCAUACAAUGGUAGAGAAUUUUAAAUUUCUUUUUCACAAAAAUGUUCACAAGCUUAAGUAAUCCGUACUUAAUUGAUAUCAAUUUAUUAUUUUUCCUUAUUAAGUCUUCCUUACCAUAUUUGCUAUCUAUCUAUUUUAUAGUAAUAAAAACAAUCACAAACUAGGUACGCCAUAGUUUACCUCGCUGUACCAACUAGAAUAAUAAUUAUAGCAAUAUUUAAUUAAGUUAAAACUUGUUGUAAGUAAGAAAAUAUUUUUUGUUUGUACUGCCCCACAAUGGGGCAAUUCUGAUUUGAUUUUUAAGAAUGUACUCUGACUCUGAUGAAAUAUAGCUCAAUUUCCGUCGAACCAAACUAUCCAUCACCUAUCAUAAUAAUCGUAACAAUUUUAUGCUGUGAAUUUAAAUUAUUUAUAUAAUUAACUUUAUUUUUUUAUUUCUUCGAUUCUUAAAUCGAUUUAAUCAAAACUAAUUGUACAAACUUCAAAGCAAUGAUGUUUAUAUCUUUUGCAUUUUGUAUGAACAACAAAAUCUAUUUAUGUACCUAUUGAAAUGAGAAAAUUAUAAUGGGAGGUAGGAUGAAUUGUUUUAAAAUGUUGAUUAUGAUGCUCACAACUAAGUAUUUCAAAUUUCUCAUGUAUAAAUAGUUAUUCUUUACACUGUUUUAUUUAUAAAUUACAUGUAUGAAGUGCAGAAAA